AUGGUCUGCAUCACUCGUAUCACUGCCUUACUAGCCCUCUCCCUCGGGGCGGCUGCAGCUGCCGUCACUCCCGAUGAAGCCGCCCGGGUCCUUGAAUCCCCCACGGGUAACGUCAAUCUCCAGUUGCAUGUGACGCGGGACGCUAUCCUUGCGGCCAUGGCCAGAAAUGAGCCUCUGGUUGGCACCGUCAGCAAAGACGGCGAUAGCUUCAAUGCCUAUGAGAAAGCAACGGCGGAGGAUAAGCUCCUUUUGACCGUUAAUGUUAAGGAUGCCAAGGUCACUCCAGCAAACAACAUUAAGGCUCGCGAGCCUGUUGAGUGGUUCCUCUUCAAAUGA